UCCUCCUCCCUCCCAAUCGGGAUCCCCUUCCGAUCUAAACCCGCCGAAACCCUAAUCCCGCCGCCGCCGCCAUGGGCAACCCCAUCCUGACCCUCCCCGCGCCGGAGGGCGAUGGCGGCGACGCCAACCAGCAGCAGCAGGCGCCGCCUCCGCCUCCCCCUCCCGGUGCAAAGGCGGACCCGCCGGCGACGGUAGCCACCCACACGCGCACCAUCGGCAUCAUCCACCCUCCGCCCGACAUCCGCGUUAUCAUCGAGAAGACAGCCACCUUCGUCGCCAAGAACGGGCCAGAGUUCGAGCGUCGCAUCAUCUCCCACAACCAGGGCAACGCCAAGUUCAACUUCCUCCAGCCCUCCGACCCCUACCACGCCUACUACCAGCACCGCGUCGCCGAGAUCGCCGCCGCGCCGCCCGGCGCCGACACCCCCGCAGGCGCCGAGCCUGACGCAGCUCCCGCCGACGCACCAGCGUCGGCCCCGGGCGACGGCGCCGCCGCUCCCGCAGAUGGCGCCUCGGCGGACGCGAAGGCAGACCACUCCGCACCCUUCCGCGUGGCGCCGCCGCCCAAGGUGCUGGUGCCACCCAAGGCGGAGCUGUACACGGUGCGGCUGCCCGAGGGUAUCACAGGGGAGGAGCUGGACAUCAUCAAGCUGACCGCGCAGUUCGUGGCGCGGAAUGGUAAGAACUUCUUGACGAGCCUGGCGCAGCGCGAGAGCACGAACAUGCAGUUCCACUUUAUCCGGCCCACACACAGCAUGUUCCCAUUCUUCACGGCGCUCACGGAUGCGUACUCCAGGGUGCUAAGGCCGGAAGAAGGGGUGCCUGCGCUGCUAAAGGAGCUGAGGGAGGGUUCAAAGGACCUGACUACAGUACUGGAGAGAUGCCUGAAUCGAUUGGAGUGGGAUCGGUCGCAGGAGCAGGCGAGGCAGCAGGCAGAGGAUGAGAUCGAGCAGGAACGGAUGCAGAUGUCAAUGAUUGACUGGCAUGAUUUUGUUGUUGUUGAGACAAUUGAAUUUGCAGAUGAUGAAUAUGAGGGACUUCCUGUGCCACCUACACUAGAGGAGUUGAAGCGCCGGAAGAGGAUGGAGAACUUGGGAGAGGAUGAAGUAAUGGAAUUAGCUGAACCUGCUAAGGAAGUCGAGAUGGAGAUGGAUGAAGAGGAGAUGCAACUUGUUGAGGAAGGAAUGCGUGCAGCACGGCUUGAGGAGAAUGAUGGAGGAGCACAAGUUAAGGUGGCUGGUGAUGAUGAGGCACCUAUGAGGAUUGUCAAGAACUACAAGAGGCCUGAGGAGAGGAUCCCUGCAGAGAGAGACCCAACCAAGUUCGUUGUCUCACCGAUAACUGGGGAGCUUAUCCCCAUCAGCGAGAUGGAGGAACACAUGCGCAUCUCACUCAUUGACCCUAAGUACAAGGAACAGAAAGAGAGGAUGUUGGCCAAGAUUAAGGAGACCACCCUUGCACCGGAUGAUGAGAUUUCACGGAACAUUGUUGGUCUUGCUCGCACUCGCCCUGAUAUUUUUGGGACCACCGAGGAAGAGGUCUCUAAUGCUGUCAAGGCAGAGAUUGAGAAGAAAAAGGAUGAGCAGCCGAAGCAGGUUAUUUGGGAUGGUCAUUCUGGUAGCAUUGGUCGGACUGCUACUCAUGCAUUGUCACAGGGUGGCGAUGAACAGUUUGAUGCUUCAAAUGUUGAUGGGAGACCUGUUCCUGGUCCAGCUCCACUUAUCCGACCUGGCAUGCCAUUGCCCCGACCUCCUCAGCCACUUCCUCUUGCUAAUGUUCCUCGCUUUAUCGCUCCACAAACACAAUAUCCUGGCCCACCCCCGGUUUCUCAUAUGCCUGGAGUUCCGCAGAUGAUGCCUCACAUGCAUCCACAUCCACAACAGAUACCAGGGCAGCCACCGAUGAUGAGGAUGCCAGGCCAAAUGGUUCAUAUGCCCACCGGUAUUCCUCCGCCUCCUGGUCAGGUUCAGUUUAUGCCUGGUCCCCCACGCUCAUUUGGUAUGCCCCCGCCACCACACAUGCCACCCAUGGUCAAUUCCAUUGGUGUCCCUCAGCCUCCUGCACCGCCUCUUCCUCCGCAGCCUCCUGCUGAAGAGCAACCACCUCCACCUGAUGAACCAGAACCUAAGAGGCAGAGAACCGAUGAUGCUUCUCUUAUAGCAGCAGAGCAGUUCCUUGCUCAGCAUCCGGGCCCUGCUAGCAUUUCAGUAUCUGUGCCCAACCUUGAUGAAGGGAACUUGCGAGGCCAAGUUUUGCAGAUUCGUGUCCAAUCACUGUCAGACACGGUUGGUAGUCUGAAGGAGCAGAUUGCUGGAGAGCUGCAGCUCCCUGCAAACAAGCAGAAGCUGAGUGUGAGGACUAGUUUCCUCAAAGACAAUCUUACUCUUGCUUACUACAAUGUGGGUCCUGGAGUGGUGAUCAACCUAACACUGAGGGAGCGUGGUGGGAGAAAGAAAUGAGUCUUUUCGACCUCAGUAUAGUGUCAGGAUGAUACCCGCAUGCUGCUACAGUACAUGGAGAGGGCAUUCUGAGUUAGUUGUAGUGGGUAAUUGAAGAAAGUGGUUUAAAUUGUUCUUUGGUAAUUGGCUUGAUCGUUGGGGUGUACUUAUCCAUGUAUCUUGAACGAAUGACUAAUAUGGAAAUUAGAUACAAAGAAAAUAACUUUUAUUUUAUAUCUUCAAGGAAAGAAGAAAAAUUGGAAACAAAGAUUGCAAGGGACGAAUUUAACUUGUUCAGGAAGGACGUGAAUAUUUAGUACAGUAAUAAAGAGAAAAAAAGUUAGUGUGUGGCGUAGAAUGUAGCAGGUGGCUUGGAGCUCCUCUGUUGGUGAGCAAAAGGCCCACAAGAUGUAUUUUUUUACGAAUGUAAAUGUCGUGGUAGUUAACAGCAAAGGAAAACAAAAAUAAAAUUGUGAAUCGUAAAGAUAUCUGCUAUUGUGAAGUACCUAUGUUGUUGUGGCUGAUUGGAGGCUGUCUUUGUUUGUAUGUGGCAUGUCAUCUGGAGUGUCGUGAUCUGCAAGUCUGUACCACCAUUCAAUGUUAGGAGGUAGGAUUUAGAAAGGUAUGUUAGAGAUGGUGUAGAAGCGGGAAGUACAUUGGUAAGAUCGGUGUGGACGCCUAGGCAGAGCCUAGGUGACAAGGCGUGGCUGUUGCCCAAGGUGAGCUGGGUCCGCCUGGACGCCUAGGCGACGCCUUUAAAACACUGGGUAAGAUGUUUAGGAAGAGUUUCGUAGGGAGACACAUGCUGCGCCAAAUGAGGGUAAGGGGCAUGUUAGGUUUAGUGAAAGGUAUAUUACCAUGUAAGCUGUAUUAUAUGUAGCAAAUAUAUUGGCCGAGUUUUUUUUUUUGUU